AGACAUGUCUUAGAUGCCACUUGGUUAUGGCCUAUGACUUGGUAUGAGAAUAGCCAGCAGAAGAGGAGAUAUGGAAGCAGGAAUGAAUGCAUCAUGUUAGUUGUGCUCAUACUGAAACAAUUUACUGGGUUCAUGUUGCUGACCCCUAUUAGCGUGAUACUAGAUGCUCGCCUCAGUUUUACUGUUGUCAAAGGAGUUGCAAUUACCUUGGCUUUUGCGAGCAAAGAGGAAUUGGCGAGGUGGGCAAAAAUAAAACUGCCAGAUUCAGAACCGAGAAAGAAGUGUGAGAUGUCAACUGAAAGAAUCGGCACAAAUUACGAGUUUGAAGGAGGAGGAGACAGAGAGCGCUGCAGUGCAGCUAAUUGA